GAGGAGCUUUGCUAACUGUGGCAUUAUCAUUGGGUAAACCUGUAAACGGUCAAAUCCCUUGGUACUGCACUUGGCCUAUCCGUCGGCUACAUAAUUCAGGAAGCCACAGUGGAGAGCGAGCCCGUCCUUCAGCGCAAUCAUGGCCUAACUAAUUCAAGCUCGCCAUGUUUUGAAUGGAUAUGCAGGUCCGUUGGAUGAAAAGGCAAGGCUGGUGUUCAAUCAGCGAGCUGAAGCUGGAAGUGUAUAAUCGCCGUGAAAAGAUUAUGUCAUUGGAAGUGGUGGGCCUCCGGACGAGCACGCUAUGAUGUGAGAAGGUAAAAUCACGGCGGACCAAUGGCAAUGCGAGCAUAUCGUUUCUUUCGAACGUCCAUGCACAGGAAGUCACCUAGUGAGUUGCCGGAAGAAGACGGCCAUCAGCGGACAGAGGACAAAUUCAAGGAGAAAUGUCAGAAAUGCGGGAAGAAACUGCUAAUGUAUAUGUUCUCGCACAUCGGUCUGACUGGACUGGUCGUGGGAUAUUCCAUUUUAGGCGGAGUAAUAUUUCAAGAGUUAGAGUCGCCUUACGAGAAAAGAGAAAAGGCGGUGGUAGGACACAUUCGCGCUGAGCAUAUCCAGAGAUUGUGGGAUGAGACUAGCAAGUUGAAUAUUUUGUACAAACCGAACUGGACGACUGUGGCUGAUGUCAUCUUCAAGGAUUUCCAGCACGAAGUAUUUAUAGCCGUGAAGGAGAAAGGCUGGGAUGGGACAGAAGGUGUCAGCACCACAGACUUACAAUGGACGUUUGCAGGAGCGUUGCUCUAUUCAGUCACUAUCAUCACUACCAUUGGCUACGGUAAUAUUGCCCCGAAGACAUCGUGGGGACGUGUGGCCACCAUAAUCUACGCCAUGAUUGGAAUACCGUUGACUCUGCUUUGCUUGGCUAACAUCGGAGGCGUUCUGGGCAAAUGUUUCAGGUUUCUAUACGGGAGGAUCAUCUGCGGACUUUGUCGUCGGCGCCGAAGACAACACGCUGUAAAGAUAGCAACAAGAACAAGGGAAUCAGGAUCACAAGCUGAAAACCGCAAAUGCAAGACAAAAUCAUGCUGCGGGAAAAGAAAACGUUGUGGUGGAUGCUGUGGCGGCGAUAACAAAACAGAAGAAGCCGAGCAGACAAACAGCAUCAAGGAACCUGUGGAAAUUACUGUGACAUUUGAGCCCGGGUCAGAGUAUGAUAACAUACACGAUAUCAUUCGGGUGCCAGUUAUCGUCACCAUCGGCAUAAUGGCAGGCUAUAUUUUCGGGGGCGCCAUGUUGUUUACUUUGUGGGAGAAAGACUGGGAUUACCUAGUCGGCUCAUACUUCUGCUUUAUCACUCUCAGUACAAUUGGAUUCGGAGAUUUUGUACCAGGGACCAGCAUACAGUCAUGGGCAAGCCAGGAAAAGCGGAUAAUCUGCACUUUGUACCUGUUAUUUGGACUGGCACUCCUAGCCAUGUGCUUCGACCUGAUGCAGGAACAGGUCCGCUAUAUGUGCAGGCGAUUUGGGUUAUGGUUAGGGAUUAUUGAAGACAAAGAAUCGUGA